CUCCCACUUAGCAGGCCACGGCUAGAUUGCAGUUAUUUAGUUGUUACCAGUUACGCAUAAGUGUGAAUUACAAUCGAAACAACUUCAUGAUCUCAUUGCAGGCUGUAGGCGUUGACCCACUGGCUACGAGCGGCGGCAGGCAGUUUGCGUUGCAGCCUUUGCCUCAACGUGACGCGAUCGAAAAAAGUUAAAUUCCAUUUUCGAAUUUGGCGCGUAACUUUUUUCCGUGCGAAAGCUUCGUAAACCAUAGACUAUUUAUGUGUUGAGUGAAUGAGUGAAUGUGAAAGCUCUAUUUUCAAAUUCUGAAACUAUUCUCAGAGCCUGAGUGAUUAUUUUUUAGUAGAUAAAAUUUAAAAAUGUGAAUAAAGUUCUAUUUAAGUUUUUGUACCUGUUGCUAAUCGUUUUGUUUUAUUGUGAUUUUCUCAGUGUUUUUGAGUUUAAGUGUAAUGAAAUUUAAAAGUAUUGUCUGAUGUGUGGAAUCAUAGCAAGAUUUCCGGAGAUCGUUGUUAAAGAAGUGAUGCGGCGCGCGGCGUGCGGCGACGUGUGUGCUGCGCCCGCGCCGCGCCGGCCCCUCGCCACCACCGCCGCCACCACCAAAUCAUCAGAAAACAAAGAACUGCUCCGCCAACAGCUCCUGUCGGCCAGCAAGGACCGCAACCUCGACAAGCCCGAGCCGCCCAAAACAAAACACGCCAGAAGCAGACAGAAGAACAGGUGGAAGCUCAAGUUCCACCACCAGGCAUUGCCCCAGGAGUACCUCGAUCAUUACGAGCAGAGUUUACAGAAAGCCAACAACAAGAAACCAGCGGAAAAGCCGAAAGAGCAAAACACCGAGAGCAGCUUCAACAACGAAACGUUCAAGAUCUGGGCACAAAGACUCGCCGGAGUCCAAAAUGAGACAGGGCCUUUAACAGUCCCCAAUUCUUUCAACAUGGCGGCUAAAAAAGACGAGAAGAAAAAGAAAACUCCGGCAAUCGCUCCCAGCAAGAUUAUGACGUACGAAGAUUUGCCAUAUAUGGGAGAGAUGACGUUGAACAACUCCAAGCCGCGACGCGGAAGGAAACCAAAGAAAGCGGACAUCUGUCACCUAAUUUAUGAAAAUUAUGGCACGGUGGUACCGGGGCAGCCGCCGCCUCAAGAACGAUUGAAUAAUUUGACAAUGUGCCCUCCCUUCAGAAGUGUAGAUACGCCGCACAGUACCUCCAAAACGGAUUUACAGAAUAAAAUAAUAUCGAAUCUCUUGGAAAAGAAACUGUCUCAGGAGUAUAAGAGGCGGCUAGAGAAUCCUUCCCCGCAUAGAUUUUGCAGUCCGGACGAACCCAUGCCUGAAGUUCCGAUAACUACGGCUGGACCCCUACAUAGCGACGACGAACCUCUGAAUCUUUGUAUAAGAGAUUUACACGAUUUAAAGUUGCAAAUACAGAAAAAGUUCGGCAAUAUUUAUACGUCCGCGCCCGAAGUUAAGACGGAACUCGAAGACAGUUCGGAGCUGGAGAGCGUGAAAAGCGAACAACCCAACGCUAUAUCUGUGAUACAGAGGAAUACGAAUUGCCCUUCGACCGCCAACAGCUCCCCGGAUCUUUCCCGCAAAACGAGGAAUGUAUCUCCGACUCUAUCGGAACCGGCUCAGUCGACGGUCAGUCCGGACGACGAGAAAUUCCCAGGUUACAUUUACUGGCCGAACGCCGGAAUCUACAUGCAUCCUUUGGCUCUACAGACGCAAUUGUUAUACUAUCAGCGGCUAGCGGCUUCCGGACAGCUGCCGUUCUCUCCCGAGGAUCGCGACAAGUUGUCGACUCCGGUAAGCGACAACAACGUAGAGCCGUCAGUGGACGACAGCAAAAGCAAGUUAGUCCUUAAACAAAUUUCGGAACUUCUCGACCCUAAAGUGAUCAAACAGGUCGAGGAAACGAAAAGUCCGGAGCCUCCGAAAAAGAGAGCGUCACCUAAUCCUCUCCAAGGACCGGUGAAAAGGAAACGUUCGGCGAUAUUCAUCCCGCCGAUGCCCGCCAAAAGCAACUCGACGACACCCACGACGGAAGUCAGCAUUUGUAAAUUUAAGUUCACAGGCGGUUCCAAACCUUCGUUGCAAGAAAAGAAAAUGUUGUCGGUCGACUCCGGGGGCAACUUCAGGUAUUACAGCGGCACGGGGAACAAAGGGAGCAACAAAGGCUUUGAAUAUUUACAGAAAGAUUUGAACACAGACAGGACGGAGUCGGUCGGAACGUCGGUAUCUUUGCCGAAGACUGACACCCCGAGCGUGAGUUUAAAAGAAGAUUUGAAUAAAAAGAAAAGGAAGUCGAGAAAGACGUUGCAGAGGGAAAAGUUGGAGCAGACGUUUAAAGAGAAGGGAUUUCUGAUACAGACUCAGCAGCUGCAGUCGGCGGAAGGUGCGACGUACUGCAAGUUCCGGCAACUGCGCAAAUUCACGCGGUACCUGUUCCGGAGUUGGAAGGACUACCUGCCGGGAGAGCUGGACGACAGGCAGACGGCGGACACUCACACCGAACAGCCGGCCGGAAACGAUGCCGUCGCAGGAGAAUGGACGAGUUGAACUUGUAGGAUUAUAUUUUAGAAUUGCAGUGUUUUAUUUGUUCCAGACAGUAUUAAAAACUCAAGCCAAAACUUCAGUUCCAGUUGCUCAUUUGAUUUUUUUUAUAUAUCAACAAAUUAUUCUACUAUAAUAAAAUGGAUUUUCAAAUACCGUCUAGGACAAAUAAAACACUUAUACGCCAAAGACUUUUAAAAGCUACUAACAAUCGCUGGUGGCUGAUUGAUGCAUUUAUAACACGUUGCCUAUAGUGAGACAUAAUAUUUGGACUUGUGUUUUUAAGAUUUUUCCGUCCAUAACUGAACUGUUUUAUAGUUAGCGUUUUUACCACAAAGAUAUACUGGUUUUAUUUUAUUAAUGUACAAAAAGAACGCGUGAAUAGGCUUAUUAUGAUUAUUUUGUUUUCGUUGUUCAACUUGCUUUAAAAUUGUCAAAAUAUUAUUCAACUUCAUAAAACAAUGCAAUGAAGAUACAUUGAUGUCACAAAGAAAAUUGUUACUUACCGAAGAAAGAUCGUUUUUCUCAUGAAAUUUUCCGGUAUUCACAUAUGCAGAAUUUUAAUAGUGAGCCUAAUUGUAUAUCACUAUGUAUUCUAAACAAAAUUUGACGAGUAUUGUAAAACUAAUUUAAUAAUAAGUUUUAAAAUACUCAUCCAAAUAUACCGACUACAAUUUUUGUGGGUCGCCUUUUCUAUAACAAUUUUCAGAAAAUAAUUAAUGUUUCAUUUAUAAUUAAUGGAUAAAUUGCUUAGCGACAUACCGAGUAUAUGCAAAGAUACCACAUAAUAUUAAAAAAAAGCAUUGCUAAGCAAAUCACAGAUAGCUCAGACUACUGACUACGUAUAUAAAUAUGAUACGAGUAAGAUAAUUUAUUGUACUUAAUGUUGCAUAGACUGCCUAAAGCUAAUAACAGAAAUACUAACAUCUAGUCACUCGACGCCUAAUCAAGCUGUUUGAUAGUUUUAAGAGAAACUGUACCUUAAUUGUAUAUAUUUUAAGUACAUUUUAGCGUAAAUAUUCGUACCCUGAUUUACCUGUGUGAAUGGUGCAUCUGUCUAAAGUAAAUUCCCACGGGUAUAGUGAAGUCCCUUUCUAAACGUUCUCAGUAGAAAGGGAUAGGAGAAUUUUUAGACAAAUUUUUACUUUAGUUUAAGAUCAGUAAGUACACAUUGUUGUUGCAACCAAUAUGUACAUAUAAUCGAGUGGUUCUAGUCAAUCUGUUAGUUAUUGUUAAUUUAUGUGUAAAUACUAUUAAAAUUAACGUUAAUUUAAUAUGUCGUUACUUAUUUAUAAAGUAAGACUACGUUUUGUACUCAAAUAAACUUUAUUAAAAAAAUAAAUGAAAAAAAACUCAAAACAGUUCUGUGAUUUACAAUAAAAAUGCAAAAACAACAGGAAUGUAAUGUGGAACCAAUAAAACGUUUAACAAAUUAA